AGUGCGAGUGCGACCGACAAGUUCAUAGUGACAUACGAUAGUAGUAUUUUAUAGUUGAAUACGGAGAGAAUACGGUUUUGAAGUUAAUAUUUUUCAUAAUGGCUUUGAGCCAAACAAGUGUGCAAAAGCUAUAUACCACUGUAAUUGAAGAUGUUAUUAAUGGUGUGCGUGAAUGUUUUCUGGAUGAAGGUGUAGAUGAACAAGUCCUCCAGGAAUUGAAACAAGUAUGGGAGACGAAGUUACAAGCUAGUAAAGCUAUAGAAGUUAUACCCGAUCCUCCAGAAGUACGACCUCCACCUAUUGUUGUAAACAAUCAAAAGAACAAUGGUAAUAGACUCGGAGCUACGAAAAAGGAAUUUGCACCUGUAAAUCAACAGUUAGUUCCAAAUCAGCAAGCUUCACAACCGCAAACUACAGCCCAACCACCCCAAAAACCUCCAGUAAAUCAACCAACCCCACCGGCAUCAGUAGCAAGUCUAGAUCCAACAAAAUUGGUUCCUAUACAAAUAACAUUGCCAGCCCAACCAGGAAUAGAAAAUUCACAGCCCAGAGUAUUAUCAAUUCAGGUCCCAGCAUCAGCUUUACAAACUAAUCAAUUAACCCAAGUCCUAACUGGUCCUUUGAUCACUGCAACGAUGGGUCUUCCACCACAUCUAGCUAGCAGUCUUUUACAGCAGCAUGUGAAUGCAGCGCUCCAAGGCCAAGCACUUGCUAUGAGAAAUGCUGUGGCCGCAAGUCAGAAGCCUGUAGUGUCUCAAGUAGAUGGAGCAAAUGAUUCAUCUGAUGAUGAUUUGAGUGAUGCUUCUGAUGAUAAUAUUGAAAAUAUGUCAGAUGAGGACAAUGAUCGAGAUGAUGGAUUGGAUGAAGGUGAUAAUCCAGGACCUGAAGAAGAACCUCUGAAUAGUGGUGAUGAUGUUACUGAUGAAGACACUGGUGAUAUGUUUGAUACAGAUAAUGUAGUAGUUUGUCAAUAUGAUAAGAUAACGAGAUGUCGAAAUAAAUGGAAAUUUUAUUUGAAGGAUGGUAUAAUGAAUUUAAAUGGCAAAGAUUUUGUCUUCCAAAGAUCUAAUGGUGAUGCUGAGUGGUGAACUUAAAAGUUUGUAAUAUAGUAUUUGCAAUGUAUUUUGAAACAGAAACUAUUUAUGUAAUCAUCGUACUUUUAGGUUGUGUAAUAUAAGUCCAUUUUUGUAAAUCAAGGUGUAUGUAUUUGAUCUUGAGUGUUUUUGUUCACACUGCUAUAUUUUGACUUUAACUUGAAAACAUGUCUUUCUGUUGUGCCAUUGAAAGCUUGCAAUAAUGUUGAAAUGAGUAUUUUUUAUUU